CUCGUCCUCACUUUUAUACUACGUAGUAUGCAGUUUGUACUACUCGCUGUCACAAUCUUUAAAUGUGAAGAAAAAACAAUGUAUCAUCAGUCUAUGGUUGUGUAGUCUGUGGUUUGGUGAUGGCAGUCCGCCAUUUUCGCCUGUCACCUGUCAACGUCAUUGUGCUUUUUUGUGCUUUGCGCUGUUCACGUCUGUAACUUUUCAAAAUUAAAAUUUUACUUUUUCCUUGUGAUUUUUUAUGUAAUUCUUCGUUUUCUAAUUCAAAUAUGGGUAAGCGGAAACGUGGAUCAAGAGAUGAUAUCGAUCGGAGAUUGGAAAGACUUGAAAGGAUGUUGUAUAAACGAUGCCGGCGCGACGUUAGCACGUGUGAUGAGCAAUCUUCCAGCGACAAUAGGACAAGGAGGCGCUCUCCACAUGCACGUAGUCGCACAGGAAGUGUAACGCGUCAUAGGAGGCGGCGCUCUCGGUCACGGUCACUCUCGUCCUUACCUACCGACAGUAGCGACGUUGUGGUUGAAGAAACGGAGGGGAGACACACCGAAGGACCAGUGCCUCCUGAAGCGAUAGCAGUGACUGAGGAAGCAGCUGCGCCUUCCUUACCUGCUGACCUUGAGGGACUUUUGGGGUCAGAAGGCACCCCCAAAGUCAGCAAUGCAAUCGAGUUGCAUGAGAGUAUACGGCAACGGUGGAUGGCGAUCCUUCAAAAUGGUCUCACCGAAGAAGUAACAUCAACCCUUGUUAGGAAGUAUGACCCACCUAAAAAUUGUGACUUGUUGAAACCACCGAAACUAAAUGAGGAGGUCGCUGCAGCCAUGCAAGAAAGUGGAGUCAAGCGUGACAAACGGAUUGCUGAACAGCAGACAGUCUUAGCUGCAGCCAUUUCAGCUAUUGGAAGGAUACUCAACUCUAUGAUUUCAUCUAAUCAAAGUAGUGGUGAAAUCGAAAUUAUCAGUGAUGCUGCCAGACUUUUAUGUGGGCUAUAUCACAGCAGCACUAUAACACGCAGAAAUCUCAUACUGCCAGGGCUUAACAGAGAUAUUAAAGAGACAAUGACACAGAGUCCUAUUUCAGAGUACCUCUUUGGAGAUAAGCUACAAGAUAUAGUGAGUGCCUGUAAAGCCUUAAAAAAGUCUGCUGAGGAUCUUAAAAAUACUCCAGCCCAAAAACCAGCAGUGAAAAAGACUUUAAACUACCGGGGCCUACAACGUUCGCAGUUGCCACGUCCGAGUGGGCCGAAACAGAAACUCAGGCAGCAGUCCCGGUCGACGAAGCCAGCUACGAGUCGUUCGAGACGAUCACCGCAGAGACCACGACAUCCACGGCGCCAGGACGUUCGUCGCCAUUGAUUCAGCAGUCCACAUCCGCUGCACAGGAGUCUCACAUUGAUAGCAGCCAUAUUAUCAGGGAAGCGUUCCUGAAGCGAGGAAUACCACCUCCCUCGAUGAACAUCAUGCUGAAUUCGUUGUCAACCAAAACAAAGAAACAGUACGAAUAUGCCCUUAACCAGUGGCUCCUCUAUUGUGAGAGACAAAAGAAGGAUCCCCUUUCAGAGUCGGUACCCACAGUUAUUUCUUUUUUAACACACAAGUUUAAUGAAGGUUUAUCAUACAGUUCACUCAAUGGCAUCAGGUCAGCAAUAUCUCUGAUUUUAGGACCUCAAAUAGGUACAGAUGAAAGAAUGGUAAGGUUUUUUAGAGGAAUCUAUAGAUUAAGACCAAAGAAGCCUAAAUAUGAGGAUGUCUGGAAUCCUAAUAUAGUCUUAGAUUAUUUGUCCAAUCUAUUUCCCAAUGAAUCUCUUAACAUGGAAUUACUAACGAAGAAGUUAGUAACUCUUCUGGCUCUUGUCACAGCACAUAGAGUUCAAACAUUGUCUCUUAUAUGCUUAGACAAUAUAAGCAUUAAUGAUGACAAUAUUAAUAUUAAGAUUUCAGCCUCUAUUAAAACUUCAGGCCCCAAUAGACCUCAACCGAACUUAAUCUUGCCAUUCUUUAAGGAAAGUGUCAGUAUUUGCCCUGCAACCACUCUUAUAUAUUAUCUUUAUGUAACUAAAAGCUUUAGACAAGAUUGUAAAACACUCAUUCUUACAAUUAGAAAACCCUACCAUGCUGCCUCUACUGCCUCAAUAGGCAGAUGGAUUAAACAAACCUUUACGCGAGAGUGGUGUGGAUGUUACUAAGUUCACAGCACAUAGCACCAGACACGCCUCCACUUCUAAAGCAGAUGAGGCAGGUGUUAAUAUCGAAGUAAUUAGAAGAGCAGCAGGUUGGACCAACAACUCUACCUUUGCUCGCUUUUACAAGAGACCCAUUGUUGAUAACGCUAAUGUGUUUGCUGAGGCAGUGUGCUCAACAAGUAAUAAUAACACUAAUGAUUAGUGAAUAAAAGUUUAAGUUUUAUGUGAUUAUUGAAUAGAAAUUUAAUAUAUCUAUCGUUAUUAUUAUGUCUAUAUCUAUGAUGUCUCUUGAAGUUUGUUAUAGAUAUACUAUAUAUUAUGUAGUUUAUCCUUAAAUAGUGAAUAAACACUGGAUUAAACACAA